AUGGUUUCGUGGCCAGCUUUCUCGCUGGAUAAUUUUCAGACCACUCCUGGAGAGCGUUACCAAGGACCACCACGCAAUCUAAAACCCAUUCGAGAGUACAAAGUCAAGCCAGAGCUACAGCCACCAAAUUACGAAAUCAAGGGUAUAGACCCAGCUUCCAAAAUUCUCUUUGUAAAUGUAAACAUUAUAGAGUCGAGCGGUCGCGAACCCUACAAAGGUUCCGUAUACAUUCAAGGCGAGCGCAUCGUAUUCGUUGGAUCCAUCCCUAAUGAAAUCGAACUAAAGAGGGACCCGAGUGUUAGUGUAUGCGAUGGAAACGGUCGCACUAUCAUGUCUGGCCUUGGCGAUGCCCAUACACAUAUGACCUGGAACGGUGGAGACAUCAGUCAGCUUGGAAAAAUGAACCCCGGCGAGCAUUUACUGCUGACAGAGGAAAAUGCAAAGUGCUACUUGGACUCUGGAUAUACGAUGUGCUUUGGCGCUGCGGCUGCGAAAGAUCACCUCGACAUAGCUGUUCGGGACGCUAUCAAUGCCGGGUCCAUUCCAGGGCCUCGUUCUCUUGCAAACGCCCGCGAGAUUGCCAAAACAGAUGGUGAACUGAGCCUUGAUAUCAGCUUCAUGGCAGACAACGUUGAUGACUUCCGCCGUGUUGUCAAGACCAUUGCAGAUCUCGGCGCUGAUAACAUAAAGCUUAGCAUGUCGGGGGAGGCUAUCACUGAGAUUCGUUCCGCCGAAGACUGCUAUUAUACAGAGGAAGAAACCCGGGUGGCUGUCGAAGAGGCGCAUAAGUUGGGCAAACGCGUCUGCUCCCAUGCUAGAGCUCGAGACUCUGUGGUCCAGUCCGCCAAGUACGACGUUGACGUUAUUUUCCACGCCUCAUAUACCUGUGAUGAAGGCAUGAAACUGCUCGAGGAGAAGAAAGACUGUAUUGUUGUCGCUCCUGCAAUCAAUUGGCUCUGGGCCACUCUCUAUGAUGCCGAGCCUUUUGGAUAUGCUUUCAAUGCCGCGGAGGCGAUGGGCUAUAAAAGAGAGACUGAAAUUGCCGUUGCGGCUUUAAGAGAGAUGCAUCGCCGUGGCAUUAUUGUUUUGCCAGGAGGUGACUAUGGCUUCGCCUGGUGCCCACAUGGUACAUAUGCACGAGAUCUCGUGCAUUUCCACAAGCUGCUGGACAUGACUACACACGAAAGCAUCAUAGCUGCUACCGCAGGAGUGGGAGCUUUAAUGGGUCGUCCACACGAGCUCGGCAAGAUUCAGCCCGGAUACUAUGCCGAUUUAAUCUUGGUUGACGGAGAUCCCAUGAAAGAGCUUGAGAUUCUUCAGAAUCAUGAUAAACUCAAUGUCAUUAUGAUCAAUGGACGCAUCCAUAAGGCCGGACCAAAUGAUUUCGUAGAGAACUGA